GGCACACAACAGAAAUCCUGAGGUUACUUAGUUGUUUGUCAGAGUCAUACUCUCCUAGACAUUAUAUUCUCGCAGACUCAGAUAAGAUGAGUGAAGCUAAAAUACGUUCUUUUGAACAAAAGAGAGCUGAAACUUUCUCCAAUUCCCAGUUCACCCUUGAUCGCAUUCCCAGAAGCCGUGAGGUUAGACAGUCUUGGACCUCUUCUGUGGUAACAACCCUGUACUCCAUACUUUAUUCUCUUCCUUUGACCUACAAACUGAAACCAGAUUUGAUUGCCCUGAAAUAUGAUCCCCAGAUAGAAGAAGACCUGCGUAACUGGAUAGAAGAGGUUACAGGGCUGAGCAUUGGUGCAAACUUUCAACUGGGAUUGAAAGAUGGCAUCAUCCUAUGCGAGCUUAUAAAUAAGCUGCAGCCAGGAUCAGUGAAGAAAAUCAAUCAAUCAAAACUAAAUUGGCACCAGCUGGAGAAUAUUGGGAAUUUUAUCAAGGCCAUCCAAGUCUACGGCAUGAAGCCACAUGAUAUUUUUGAAGCAAAUGAUCUUUUUGAAAAUGGAAAUAUGACUCAAGUACAGACUACCUUAGUAGCGCUAGCAGGUCUGGCAAAAACCAAAGGCUUUCAUACUACCAUUGAUGUUGGUGUCAAAUAUGCAGAGAAACAAGCACGAAGUUUUGAUGCAGGAAAACUAAAAGCUGGUCAAAGUGUAAUUGGCCUGCAGAUGGGCACAAACAAGUGUGCCAGUCAGGCAGGCAUGACUGCCUAUGGAACCAGGAGACAUCUCUACGAUCCGAAAAUGCAAACUGACAAACCCUUUGACCAGACGACAAUUAGCCUACAGAUGGGCACGAACAAGGGAGCCAGCCAGGCUGGGAUGCUGGCACCGGGCACCAGGAGAGACAUCUAUGAUCAGAAGCACAUACUGCAGCCUGUGGAUAACUCAACUAUUUCAUUACAAAUGGGUACCAACAAAGUAGCUUCCCAGAAGGGAAUGAGUGUGUACGGGCUUGGCCGGCAAGUGUACGACCCCAAGUACUGUGCGGCACCCACAGAGCCCCUCAUCCAUAACGGCAGCCAAGGAACGGGAACGAACGGCUCGGAAAUCAGCGACAGCGACUACCAGGCAGAGUACCCAGACGACUAUCACGGAGAGUACCAAGAUGACUAUCAAAGAGAUUACCAUGGUCAGUACAGUGACCAGGGCAUUGAUUAUUAGAUUUGCAUCAGAAAUUCAGUAUUAGUCCAUUAUUUUAUUCAGUAAGAACGAAACUAGCCUUGUGGAAUCGUUACCUGUCUUUUCCUACACACUAUGCUUAAUGUACCUAAAGAAAUAUUGCCUUACAUACAUUCCUUAUUCCUUUUGCUGCCCUUUCCCUGUCUAGUUGCCUUUAGUGCUGUAACAGUUGUAGUCUACAGCAUAAACAAUAACUGCAUAUGAAGUAAAAAGGAAUACUGUGAAAGGGGGAGUGCUCUUGUACAGCCAGGUCUUCUAAUAAGGAGCUAUGCAUUUUUCACAAUCUCUACUUAAAUAGGCAUUCACAUACCACAUUAUGCCUUCAUUUUUACAUAUUUACAGCUUUUCUGUGUUCCACAUGAGAUAAAAGAAUUUCAUGCUUUUAAGUUUUAAAUGUGGUCUUUGCUUAUUAAAUCUAAGACGCCACUUUAGUGAUUUAAAUAUCAUUACUAUGUUUCUAUGGUAUUGUUUGCUAAUGGUAAGUCUUGCAUUAGACAUUUUAAGUGUGCAUUUGUGAUUGUGUAUUCAUUCCAUUAUCUACACUGACCAAACUCCUAGAAAUAGUUGUCUUACUAAAAAGGGAGCUUGUACAAAGUCUUGAGCCAACAAAAGUCCCAUGUUUGAUGGUGCAUUUACCUUUUAUUGUGCCAUAAUAUAUCCAUGUAGAAAUGCUUUUUCUUCCUUGAACUGUAUUUAUUGCCACACUUCUCAAACUGAUCCCA